UCGAGUCCUUCUCUCAAGCUGCGCUUGGCUGCGGCCGCCUCCUCCCACGAGCUAGGUCGUCGUCGUCCGCACCCUCGCCGCCAAGCAGCAGAGGUCCCGGCGGCCGCUGCGCCGUCGCCCGCCGCGGACGGUCCGGGAUGGGCCCGAAACGGCGGCGGAAGGGGAAAACGCAAGUGGGUGCCGCGGCGCGGGACGAGGAGCCCUCCGUCGUCGUGGACGCAGACGACGCGGACGGGGGGGCGCGGAGCCACGUCGUCGCCGGAGAAGCGGCCGGUGGCGGCGGCGCCGAUGGUGGGAGCCCAGCAUCACGCGCCGCGUCGCCGCCGCCGCCGACCGCGGCGGGUGGCCAAGGCGGAGUAGGAGGAGGGCCCGUCUCGGGAGGAGGAGGAAGCGCGCCAGGCGGGGCGGCGACAGCGCAGAGGGAGGGCGCGCCACCAGCGGCAGCGACGUCGGUGCAGGGCGCGCCGCGCGCACCAGCGACGGCGGAGACUGUGCCGCAGGGCUCGCCACGAGGUCCAGGAGUGAGGACGGUGGGCCCGGUGCCUUCGACGGCGCAGAGCGCGCCGGGUGGGUCAGCGACGGGGCAGACGGCGACGGCGCAGAGCUCGCCACGCGCCGCGACGACCACCAAGCUGGACAUAGAGGAGAAAGGUCCUGCUUUUGGAGAUGCUCGGUGGCGUAACAAGGCAACUGGGGUUGACAUUGACGACAGUAGUCGAGAUGACGCUGAUGGAGGUUUAUCAAAAACUGUUUUGUCAUGGACAAUCCAGGAUAUAUUAUUGGAUAAUGAGGUUCAGAAAGUACCAACCAAGUUUAAAGGGCUUCAGCAUUAUUUGGAUGUACACUCAAAUCUGCUAAGGGAAGAAGUUCGUAUAACCAUCAAGUCUAGCUUGUUGAAAGUUGAGACUACUCAAUGCUUUCGUGAUUUUGUUGUGUCGUUUGCUGGGCCACCUUCCAUCUAUUACAUUGAUAUUGAUCUUUAUGGAAUUGAUAACUGUCAGCAUGUUGUGAAAGAUGGGGAUCUGUUUUUUCUCAGUAGUCAACCAUUAAGGGGUCAGUUAUCAGGUUGUUUUGGUAUUGCCACAGAUGUUGGCUGUGAUAAUCAGUUUCAAAGAAGCUUCAAGAUGUUAGUUUCAGAAAAUCAGAAAAAAACUGAUUUAGAAUCAAUCAGAUAUAUUUGUUUUCUUACUAACAUUGUGGAUAAUUUGAACAUAUCAAAGGCAAUGGUCACAAUGUCAUCUGGCAGAUGUGGUAUUAUCAAUUCCAUUAUAAGACGCAAUGAGAAGUGCAAAAAAACAUGCGCAUGUGCUGAGUUAUGUGCAUUUGGAAUUGAAGAUUCCAGUUAUCUCGACAAAUACAACGAAGAGCAGCAAUGUGCAAUGACAUGCAUUAUGUCGAAAGCAGGUUGUCACCACAACCAUUCAGUUGAUCUUGUAUGGGGGCCUCCAGGUACGGGAAAGACCCGAUUAGCUGCUGGUUUAGCUAUUUGUAUGCUGAAUUUGAGAUUAAGAAUAUUAGUAUGUGUUCCAUUGAAAAGAGAUAUUCAUAUAUUUCUUAAGAGUUUACAAGAAAAUUACCCCUCCUUCAAUAUUGGGAAAGCUCUUGUUCUCAAUAAUUUACUUGACAAGGAUAUGUGCAAUAUAAUCUCUGAAACCACUUUAGCAAAUAGAGCAUCAGAGCUUUAUGUUGCCCUGUUUGUAUGGAAAGCUUGGGUGAAGGAGAUGGCUGCCCUUUUGGGAUUGGAUAUGUACUGUCGCAAAAAAUGCGUGCAUCACGAUGAAGAUCUCACCUGCAACAAAUGUGAGCCAAUUGAAUUCUCUUUGAUGUCUUUUAAGAAGAAAUUUGGAAAUACUGCUGUGGAACUGAGGAAGUGUUCAACUUGCCUGAUCAAGAGUCUUUCGGCAACAUCAUUAUCUGAUCUUGAUGUUACGAAUGUAAAUAAUCUGCUGAUUGCCUUGUCACAGUUUGAAAAUCUUAUGCAAAAGAGUGAGAUAAGUGAUUAUUCAGUGAAAAGAGCAUUUGGGAUAACAAUUGCAGUUGAUUAUGAUUUCGAGGAUUGUUGCACUGCAAAGUCAUUGGAUCAAAUAAGAAGAACUUGCCUUGCGUUGACAGAAACUGUGCUAAGCUCAAUCGAAUUACCUCAACUAGAGGGUUGGAGUGAUCUUGAGGAUUUUUGCAUUAGACACUCCCAUAUCAUAAUCUCUACUCCUGGUUGUUUCGCUCGACUACAAAGUCUGAAGAUGGACCAAGUUGAUGUCUUGAUAGUUGACAAGGCUGCGCAAAUAAAGGAGAAUGAUUUGUUAGUUCCUCUGUCCAUUCCACCAAGGCACGUUGUGCUGUUAGGAGACCAUCAACAUUUACAACCUAUAGUGAAAACCGAGGGCUGCAAAGAGGCUGGCUGUACCAGAAGCCUUUUUCAACGGUUGCUGCACUUAUCAUUUACAAGGCAUAAGCUCAUCAAGCAAUAUAUGAUGCAUCCUCUUAUUCGUCAAUUCCCAAGUGAACAUUUCUACAAGGAUAAGAUCGUGGAUGGCCAGAGUGUCGAGUCCAUAAACCUUCAGUUCCCUGCUUACACAUUCUUUGACGUUGUUGAUAUGGAGGAUUUCAGCUGCAUGGGAAAAAAGUCUAUGGAGGCAGCAGUAGUUCUAUUCUUGCUUCAGAAACUCUGUGAAGGACUAACAAAUGCCGCAGGAAGGCUCAAUGUGGGGAUUGUUUGUUUCUGUAGCAAUCAAGUCAAUGCAAUUAUAACUCAAUUGGGUAGAAAAUAUCAGAACCAUGACAGAGUCAAUCUAGAAGUCAAUUCACUAGAAAAUAUGCAUGAAGAUUGGUAUGAUGUGAUCAUUCUAUCAUCACUUUUUGAUGAUAAAUCUGAGCUUCCUACGGAUAACAGAAUUAAUGUGGCCCUUACUAAAUCAAGACACUGUCUAUGGAUCAUAGGUCAAGCUGACAUUUUAUUGCAAAUUCCUGGGACUUGGAAAAGCCUAAUUCACCAUUCUAUGCAACAAAAUUGUGUUGUGGUAUUGGACAGCAAAAGUCUAACUAUGGAUAUGGAGCCACUGUCAGAAACAACAGAUCAGGACGGUCUUGUUUCUACUCAGUCAACAACUCCAAACAAAGAUUUGCCAGCUCAUGAAUUUACAUGGGUAGGAAGACCACAUAACACUAAAUACAUUUUGGCACGUCUUCGAGACCAAAAAGGUGCUGCAGAUACUUGCACAUUCCAAGCAAGUUUGGGGGCUCUUGAAUCAUUAAAUAAAUUUCAGUAUGCAUGCCUGGAUCCUCCACAGGAUUUUCAGUGGAACCUAUCUGUGGAUAAUUUAAAGAGUCAAUAUGAGCAUCAUGAAUCUACAGAAUUUGGAUCAGAGGAAAAAAACAAGAGGGGCAAGCACAGAUUGGAAUCUGCAUUGGAUAUAUUAAAAGUUCAUGGUGUUAUCGGCAGUAAUGAAGUCAACUCUGAGGAGGCCCUGUUCAGAAUCUCGGCACACAACCGUGUGGAUGCCGCUGAGCCAGAAAAUCUAAGAUCUAUUGAGGAUGGAAAUGUCAUGGUCGGCUGUUUCCGCUUGUCCUACAACUACUUCUAUCUCAAGCCUGGAGAAGUCUACUGGUAUGAUAAGAGCAAGCCAUAUGUCCACUCCAGGUCCAACCUUCCAGCUGCUCAUGCAGUGAUGGUCAUUGGACACGGCAAGAGAAUGAUGGACCGCGGCGAGGGCACAAGCAACAACGUCGUGCGCCGACAUGUCGUCAUCCAGAACAGCGAAGGCAAGAGGUUUGGAUUUGAUGGCACUAGGAGAGUUUUGAGACGUUCAUUGACCCACCUAUAUCAGAUGAAGAUAUGAGUGUGCCAGCCAGUUCGAUCAGUCCUUUUUUUGGGGGUUUUUUGGGGUGGGGGUAGAUUAAUACUACAUAAUAUAUAAUUGUGUUGAUUCUUACCAUUCCUAAAUGAUCUUUUUUUUUUUGUCAUGAACAAGUCAUUUCGUUUUUUUUUUGUGUCGAUUCUCCACUCCUCAUUUUUCUCACGAUUUCCCCUUUCAU